AUGGUCGUAGCUUCAUUGUCGCGCCUCCCUUCGGGGAUAUGCCGUAUGAGGUCAACCCUAUACAAGACCUCUAAUAUCGCCAACAUAACAUGCUCUUCGGCUAGAGGCAGUCAGUCCAACUUGAAACACCUUCAGCGGUUCUCCACUUCAACAACAUGGCAAACCGAGGCUCUAGACAGAACCCGGAACAUUGGAAUUAUCGCUCAUAUCGAUGCCGGCAAGACUACUACGACAGAGCGCAUGCUGUUUUAUAGUGGCUUCACACGACGCAUUGGUGAUGUUGAUGAAGGCUCAACGGUGACGGACUUUCUCCCUGCUGAACGUGCACGCGGAAUCACUAUUCAAUCUGCUGCUAUCACCUUCCAUUGGCCUCCUGGGGAAGUUGAUGGAUCAACAAGUCCACAAGCUGGGGCGCAGGGCGAGCCAGUUCCGCGGUCUGCAUACCCGCAUACAAUCAACUUGAUCGAUACACCCGGCCACGCAGACUUUACCUUUGAGGUCAUGCGAUCUCUGCGUAUCCUCGACGGUGCUGUUUGCAUUUUGGACGGCGUUGCUGGUGUUGAGGCACAGACAGAAAAGGUCUGGAACCAGGCUAGCACAUAUAAGAUCCCUCGAAUCAUUUUUGUGAAUAAGUUGGACCGCGAUGGAGCCGCAUUUGGUCGGACAGUUCGGGAAGUCAGCUCUCGCUUGGGUGUUUAUCCAGCAGUCUGCCAGAUCCCCUGGUUCCUUGGUGGAAAUGGUGCAUUUGUUGGCGUGGCAGAUGCAAUCCACCUCCAAGGGCUACGGUGGAAGGAAGGAGAGGAUGGUCGGGCUGUCAAGAUGACUGGUCUCCAGCAACUGGAAACCGAGGAGCCCGCCCUGGCGCAAGAGCUACGACGUGCUCGUAUCGCAUUGGUCGAGUUACUUAGCGAGCAUGACGAAGAAAUAGUUGAAAAGUUCUUUGAAUGCGAAGAGGAUCAUCUUGCAGUCUCGCCAGCUGAUAUCAUUCAGAGUCUACGUCGCUGCGUGUUGGACCAAAGCAGCCGGAUUAUCCCUCUGUUUGCAGGUGCCAGCUUCCGAAACAUGGGUGUUCAGCCUUUGCUAGAUUCUAUUGUGAACCUUCUACCCAGUCCGCCCGAGGCUCCUGAUCCCGAGGUGAGCAUCGGUGGAGUCAAGGGAGGACUCCGGAACCUGUUGUCUGGAGACCUGAUCGUCCAACAGAGUGAGAAGGUUUCAGGUUCGCCCAAAGGAAAACAACAGAAAAAGAAGAGCACAUCUGUGCAAAACUCCAACGAUCCUAUCAGCAAGCUCCAAAGCUGUGCAUUGGCGUUCAAGGUGGUCAAUGACGCAAAGAGAGGAGUUCUGGUCUAUGUCCGUGUAUAUUCGGGCUCAUUAGACCGCAACAGUCUACUCUUCAACACAAAUCUACAUCUAUCUGAGCGUGCACCACGAUUACUGAAGAUGUAUGCCAAUGAUGCCGUGGAGGUAGACUCGAUUCCAGCCGGUCAUAUUGGAGUUGUGGUCGGUCUGAAGCAAACCAGGACCGGAGAUACUCUCGUUUCCUACGCAGGAAACAAAGCCACACCCCCGGAACCACUCAUCAGUCUCCAACUUCGGCCAAUUGCCGUUCCCCCACCAGUGUUCUUCACCAGCGUAGAGCCACACAGCCUGAGUGAAGAGAAGCGCAUGCAGGAAUCUUUGGCGCUUCUCCUCCGUGAAGACCCCAGUCUUCAUGUCAACGUUGAUGAAGAGUCAGGUCAGACCCUCUUGAGUGGCAUGGGCGAAUUGCAUCUCGAAAUUGCUCGUGAUCGCCUCAUAAAUGACCUAAAGGCAAAGGCUACUAUGGGCCGCAUUGAAAUCGGCUAUCGGGAAACUGCACUUGGUGCCUCCAGCCCAAUAACCACCGUCUUCGACAGAGAAAUCGCCGGCCGCAAAGGAAAAGCAGGCUGUACAGCAGUUGCGGAGCAACUAGACGAGAAUGACGAGGCCCCGCACGACCAAGAUACUCUUCUCGUUGAAACCUACGACGGUAACCAAAUCAUCAUCCGCGCCCCGGGCUUGCAGAUCGAACAUUCUUCCCGCGGCGAAGAAGAAAGCAGCCCGCUACUCCCACCGGGUAUGGACCUGGUCCAGUUCCGCACCGCUCUACAGAACGGCGCUGUGGCGGCUCUCGCUCGUGGCCCCCAGUUCACUUUCCCAAUGCACAACACCCGCGUCACGCUGACCAUCGACCCGGCCACCGACCUGUUCGGCAAUGAGACAUCCACCUCAGCAUUGACAUCUGCAGCUCGGCAAGCAACCGUCGCGGCGCUGCGAGACGUGCAGGCCGGAGCCGGCACAACCAUGAUGGAGCCCGUGAUGAACGUCAUCAUCAGUGUAGACGAAGCCAGUCUGGGAUCCGUCGUCCACGACAUUUCAUCUUCACGGGGUGGCCACAUCAUCUCGCUUGACGAGGAAGUCCCCUUACCUGGUACCGAUGCCUCGUCCGCAUCUCAGGCACUUGAAGAAGAGGUGCUACCGCCCAUCGACACAACUCGUGUCUAUGCUCCCCCGGAUCCAUUUGAGACGCCAUCGAUCGGCGUUGAGAUCCCUGCUUCUGUGACACGGCCGAGGACCAUCACAGCCAAGGUACCGCUGAAGGAGAUGGUUGGGUAUCUCAAACAUUUGCGGAGUCUGACGGCUGGCCGAGGCACUUUUGUCAUGAGUGUUGAUCGGUUUGAGAAUAUGUCUGGACAAAGGCAGAAGGCUGUAAUUGCGGAGCUGAGAGGCGGACUCUGA